GCGACUGACUGCAGGUCGAUUCGGACACUCUCGCUGUGAUUUCUGUCACUCAGAUACACGCACACAACUGAGUCUGGUCAUGUAUGUCAAGCCCAUACUUUGGAUCCUACUCUUUAUUUCCGUCCAGGAGGUGUCCCCGGAGGAGUAUAAUUAUUAUGAAGAAACGUACGAGGAUCCACAGCCUCUGAACUGCUCCACCACAGAGAGCAUCAAAGGUGGACAUGUCACCUACUCACAGGGAGGGCUGGAGGGCAGUGUGCUGACUUAUCACUGCGGUGCGGCCCGAUACCCUUUCCCGCUCAGCUACAGGCUCUGCAGUGCUGAUGGGGAGUGGUCGCCUAUGAGAUUAACUAAUGGCAGGCAGAUUUCACGGGCCACAUGCAAAGACAUGUUGUGUCCGGCUCAGCUCCAGCUGGAUCAUGGUGACAUCUGGCCCAGGGUCCAAUGGUCCCGUGUUGAGACGACACAGAGCUUCUCCUGCCAGGAAGGGUUCACCCUGCAGGGGUCAGCCCAGAGGAACUGCACCCUCUCUGGGGAGUGGACAGGAACCACUCCCGUCUGUGACAACCAUGCUGACGACUGUAGUGACCCAGGGAUCCCACCGGGGUCACAGAGGUCAGCAGGCCGGUUUUACACAGGGGAGAAGGUGAUCUACCGGUGUCAGACUGGUCUGGAUCUGCUCGGGUCGGCUGAAAGGGUUUGCCUGGAGAACAGGGAGUGGAGCGGCUCAACACCACGGUGCCAAGGCCCGAAUAUGUUUGACUCCCCUAGCAUUGUGGCAGCAGCCUUGGCGGGGUCACUUGCAGGAGUCAUGGAUGUAUUCUCACCGGACCACAAGAAGAAAGGUUCAGGGGAGUCCUUUGCCCGAACCUUCCGUGUGUCUAAAGGCAGUCGUAUGAAUGUCUACAUUUUACUAGACACAUCAGGAAGCAUCACAAAGCAGGACUUUGAAUUAUCCAGGAAAGCCACCAUUGCUCUCAUCAGAAAGUUGGACAGCUACGAGGUUAUGCUGAAGUUCCAUGUGUUGUCAUUUGCCACUAAGGCUAUAGACAUUGUAAACAUCCAAGACUUGGAUAGUGGUAGCAUCGAAGACGUUAUAUGGAAACUGGAGGAGUUCGACUACAAUAGUCAUGAGCAUAAUACGGGCACCAACCUCCACGCUGCCCUCCACCGGGUCACUGAGAUGAUCAGCUUCUUUAAGCAAAACAGCGCCAAGAACCAUUUUAAUGAGACUCAAAACAUCCUCGUCAUAGAGACAGACGGUAAUUCCAACACAGGCAAGAAUCCUCAGAAUGCCGUGGCCCAGAUCCGGAGUCUGCUGGGCUACCAGGAAACAUCCAGCGACCACACAGAUGAAACAAUGCUGGAUGUCUAUGUGUUUGGUAUUGGCGAACGAGUGAACAAAAUUCAGUUGAACUCCUUGGCCUCAAAGAAACGUGAUGAGCAGCACGUCUUCGCUGUGAAAGACUUCGAAACACUGGGAAAGGUGUUCAACAGCAUCAUUAGUGACAAGAGUGUGACAAUGUGUGGAGUAGCUCAGGAAUGGGAGAAGGAUGAGAUGACCUUCACCAGACCUUGGCACGUCACUGUGGAAAUGGUCACAAGGUCAAAGGCCACAAGGUUAAAGCCAUGUGUUGGAUCCAUUGUGAGCCAGAACUGGGUGCUGACAGCCGCUCACUGCUUUGCCAGAGCAAGCACAGAAACCCCUCAGCAGGUGCACGUAGGUCACGGUGAGGGCACGGUGGUUUCCAAGAGGGUGAUCAUGCACCCGAAGUACAACGUCAGGGCACUCGAACACAGAAAUGUGUCGGAGUUCUAUGACUACGAUGUAGCUCUGGUACAGGUGAACAAGAGCAUCCCGCUCUCCUGGAAAGCCAGACCUAUCUGCUUGCCAUGUACUGUACCAGCCAGCCGAGCCAUGAAGAGAGUCAACUCCACCUGUCAGGAACACAGGAAGGAACUACUAUCGCAAGAAGAGACUGCCGCCUUUUUCAUCCAUAAGAGCACCGAACGCAAAGAAACGUAUAUCCACACAGAGAGUCAGAGGCCCAGCUGUGUGGAGAAGGCGAUGCAAACACUCAAAGAGCCCACCAAUGUGACUGUGGAUGAGUAUAUACCCGACAGAUUCCUCUGUGCUGGGGGAUCCUCGGGAUACAAAUACGCCAUCACCUGUAAAGGUGACUCCGGUGGAUCCCUGUUUCUGCAAAAAAACAAGCGCUACUUUCAGGUGGGAGUCGUGAGCUGGGGAACAACCAACGUAUGUGAAGGAACCAAACAGAAGUACAGCAGCGACAACCCGCCUCCCGAAGCUCGAGACUUUCACAUCGACCUGUUCAAGAUAAUGCCGUGGCUGAAACAGCAUCUGGGGGAGGAGAUCCAGUUCCUGCCUGAGGUCAACUGAGAACAUCCUUAAAUCAAUCAGCAGAGAACUGCUUAGAUUAAAGCCACAAUGACGUAAUGCAGAGUUCAAUAAAGCUCACGCUGAAAUGUAGGCCAAUCAUAGACAGAGAGAUCAAAUGUUUUCCAAAGCUUUAUUGUAUUUGAUUGAUUUUUAUAGCUGUGGUGCAAUAAACUUGUAAAAAGAA